AUGUCAAACUUUCCACCUAUCACCGACCGCUCCUACGGCAUGAUUGCCAUGCGCUACUUACCCAGCCUUCCACUCUCCGCACCUCCACCUCCUCCAAACCUAGUCAAUACCGAACUUCUUCUCAUUCAGCAGAAGACUAUUUGGGAAAGUGUUCCACCAUUUUGGUGUUUUCCAAAAGGCCAUGCCGAACCUGGCGAUGCAUCUACCGUUCAUACCGCCAUCCGAGAGCUCGAGGAAGAAACGUCUCUGAAGGUUAAACUUGAGGAUAUCAUGAGAUUGAAUUUAGCUGGUGACACAGGGGAAAUCGAGGGACAAGAUGCAAAAGACUGGGAUGGGAGUUUUUUUGAGAUAUACAUAAACCCCGUUAGGAAGAAUGGGAAGGAGGUUAGGUACUGGCUUGCUUUGGUGGGGAAGGAAGAAGGAGAGAAGCAAAUUAAGGUACAGGAGAAAGAGGUUGCAGGGUACAAGUGGUGUUCAUGGGAGGAAACAGCGGAAUUAUUAACCUACGACGAGGCAAAAGAAAAGUUGAAGAGAGUCUUGGCCCGAUUUGAAGACUGCGGAAAGGUAUGA